AUGGAAGGAAAGGUAUAUGCUAUCACCGGUGCCGGAUCAGGGAUCGGUCGUGCUACAGCUAUUCGUUGCGCAGAACUCAAAUGCGCAGGACUCAGUCUUUGCGAUGUUAACUUUCAAGGACUUGAAACCACGAAGAAAUUGCUCGAAGAAGCCAAGUUCCCAGGAAAGGUUUUGCUAUUCAAAGCAGAUGUCAGCAAAGCUGAUGAAGUGGAUUCCUGGAUUUCCUCUACCACCUCAGAAUUCGGAAGACUAGAUGGAGCAGCGAACGUCGCUGGCCUCUCAAGACGCUCCCCAGAGACCAACUCUUCCAAUAUUGUCGAAGAGGAUUGGGACACGACACUAGCAGUCAAACUGACAGGAACAAUGCAUUGUAUGCGUGCUCAGUUGAAAGUGAUCACGAGACCGGGAGGGAGCAUUGUGAAUGUGAGCUCGGGAGCAGGCGUGAAAGGUGUGGCUGGGAUGCCAAGUUAUUGUGCGACAAAGUGGGGUAUGAGGGGCUUGAUAAAGACGGCGGCUAUUGAAUUUGGACCAGUGGGGAUUAGGGUUAAUUGUUUGAUGCCUGGAGCGAAUUUCGAUGAAGCGGUUAAAAAGGGAUUGGUUGAUCCAGUGAAGUUGAGUGAAGGUACUAUGAUGAAGAGGAUGGGGACUCCAGAAGAAAUUGCAAAAGUUAUGGCUUUUCUAAUGAGUGAUGAUGCUAGUUUUGUCACCGGUAGUGAGUCUUCUAUCUGCUUGAGCACACUGGAGAGGAGCAUUCGUAUGAUUCUUGCUGACGUACUGUAUAGCUGA